CUCCACCCAGAGGCCAGUCCUGUGUGUCUGGGGACAAGGGGAAAGAGCAACAGAAGUGUCCCUUCUCCAAGAUCAAGGAACCGGGGUGGGGGCAGAAGGGGGACCGUUUCCUGGACCCCAGUCCUCCAAAUCAGCACCUAGAGUGGAACUGGGAAGGAUUCUGGAGCCACAGAGGAUAGACAGAUGCUUCUCUCUCCUCCUUCUCCCUCCACUCACUUCAGGAAGGUGGGGACCAAAGUGAGGAAGAGCCGAGGGAACCCAGCCAGGCAGGUGGAAUGGGGACUGUCUGGAGCCAAGAGAGCACUCCAGAAGAGAGGCUGCCUGUGGAAGGGAGCAGGCCAUGGGCAGUGGCCAGGCGGGUGCUGACAGCUAUCCAGGUUUUGGGCCUGCUCCUUUGUUUUUCUGUGCUUUUGUUCUACAUCUUCCAGAACUGUGGCCCUGGCUCCUGUGAGACACCUGUGUGUUUGGAUCUCCGGGAUCAUUACCUGGCCUCUGGGAACACAAGUGUGGCCCCCUGCACCGACUUCUUUGGCUUUGCCUGUGGAAGGGUCAAAGGGACCAAUAAUUCUUUUCAGGAGCUUGCCACAAAGAACAAAAACCGACUUCGGAGAAUACUGGAGGCCCAGAGUUCCUGGCACCCAGGCUCUGGGGAGGAAAAAGCUUUCCAGUUCUACAACUCCUGCAUGGAUACACGUGCCAUUGAAGCUGCAGGGACUGGUCCCCUCAGACAAGUUAUUGAGGAGCUUGGAGGCUGGCGCAUCUCUGGUAACUGGACUUCCUUAAACUUUAACCGAACGCUGAGACUUCUCAUGAGUCAGUAUGGCCAUUUCCCUUUCUUCAGAGCCUACCUGGGACCUCAUCCUGCCUCUCCACACACACCAGUCAUCCAGAUAGACCAGCCAGAGUUUGAUGUUCCCCUCAAGCAAGAUCAGGAACAGAAGACCUAUGCCCAGAUCUUCCGGGAAUACCUGACUUACUUAAAUCAGCUGGGAACCUUGCUGGGAGGAGACCCAAACAAGGUGCAAGAACACGCUUCCUUGUCCAUCUCCAUCACUUCACGGCUCUUCCAGUUUCUGAGGCCCAUGGAGCAGCGGCGGGCACAGGGCAAGCUCUUCCAGAUGGUCACUAUCGACCAGCUCAAGGAAAUUGCCCCUGCCAUCGACUGGUUGUCCUGCUUGCAAGCAACAUUCACACCGAUGUCCCUGAGCCCCUCUCAGUCCCUCGUGGUCCAUGACGUGGAAUAUUUGAAAAACAUGUCACAACUGGUGGAGGAGAUGCUGCUAAAGCAGAGGGACUUUCUGCAGAGCCACAUGAUCUUAGGGCUGGUGGGGACCCUUUCUCCAGCCCUAGACAGUCAAUUCCAGAAGGCACGCAGAAAGCUCAGCCAGAAACUGCGGGAACUGACAGAGCAACCACCCAUGCCCGCCCGCCCGCGAUGGAUGAAGUGCGUGGAGGAGACAGGCACGUUCUUCGAGCCCACGCUGGCAGCUUUGUUUGUUCGUGAGGCCUUUGACCCAAGCACCCGAAGUGCUGCCAUGGAAUUAUAUACUGCGAUCCGGGAUGCCCUCAUCACUCGCCUCAGAAAGCUUCCCUGGAUGAAUGAGGAGACCCAGAACAUGGCCCAGGAGAAGGUUGCUCAACUGCAGGUGGAGAUGGGGGCUUCAGUAUGGGCCCUGAAGCCAGAGCUGGCCCAACAAGAAUACAGAGAUAUACAACUUGGACCAAACUUCCUGCAGUCUGUCCUGAGCUGUGUCCGGUCCCUCCAAGCUAGAACUGUCCAGAGCUUCUUGCAGCCUUGCCCCCAGCACAGGUGGAAGGUGUCCCCUUGGGAGGUCAGUGCUUACUAUUCAAUAUCUGACCAUGUGGUAGUCUUUCCAGCUGGACUCCUCCAACCCCCGUUCUUCCACCCUGGCUACCCCAGAGCUGUGAACUUUGGCGCUGCUGGCAGCAUCAUGGCCCACGAGCUGUUGCACAUCUUCUACCAGCUCUUGCUGCCUGGGGGGUGCCCAGCCUGUGACACCCAUGCCCUCCAGGAAGCUUUUGUGUGCCUGAAACACCAUUAUGCUGCCUUUCCAUUACCCAGCGGAACUUCCUUCAAUGACUCCCUCACAUUCUUGGAGAACGCUGCAGACAUGGGGGGGCUAGCCAUUGCGCUGCAGGUAUGCAAGUGUCAAGGGCCACGAUUUAUGUGUACUGGCAGACUAGAAAACAUGUGCUCAAGUUUUCCUGCCGCCAUUCCUGAUGCAUACAGCAAGAGGCUUUUACGGCACCAUGGGGAGACCAUCCUGCCCAGCCUGGACCUCAGCCCCCAGCAGAUCUUCUUUCGAAGCUAUGCCCAGGUGAUGUGUAGGGAGCCCAGCCCCCAGGAAUCUUACGACACUCACAGCCCUCCACACCUCCGAGUCCACGGGCCCCUCAGCAGCACCCCAGCCUUUGCCAGAUAUUUCCGCUGUGCACGUGGUACCCUCUUGAACCCCUCCAGCCGUUGCCAGCUCUGGUAACUUGGUUACCGAAAAUGCCACAGCACAGAAAUAUCGACCAACACCUCCCUGGUCACAUCCACGGAAUCAGAGCAAGAUUUCCUUUCCACUUCUGUUCCAAAAUAAAAGCUGGCACUUGGCUUCUGCUUCUCUCUUAA